GGCUAAGCCACGCCCCCACGCCGUUCAUCCGGCCGACAGAAGGCGUGUCCAUUGUCCCGUCGGAAAAUCCAUGCUGUGUCUUCUCGUGAGAAUCGAGACCCGCUGGAGGACCGGAGCCGUGUGGGUGGAAGCGUGCUCCGCAGUUCUUUGGAGCCGGCGCCCGCCGCGCCCCGCCUCCUCGACCCUCAGGCUCUGCUCGAGUUCGCGAACGCGCGCGCGCGCCCGUCAGAGCCUCGGUUUGGCCAGCGGGGGCCGCGCGGGCAGAGGCUGGGCUGCUGAGGUAAGAGGGGCGGAGUCCGAACCGCCGCCACCGCCGCCGCCACUGCUGCUGCCGCCGCCGCCGCCUGAGAGAAGCAUGUCUGCAACUCGAGCUAAGAAAGUGAAGAUGGCUACCAAAUCAUGCCCCGAGUGCGACCAACAGGUUCCUGUUGCAUGUAAAUCAUGUCCCUGUGGUUACAUAUUUAUUAGCAGAAAACUUUUAAAUGCAAAACACCCAGAAAAAGCACCAUCUUCUACAGAAAACAAGCAUGAGGCCAAGAGGAGGCGAACAGAGAGAGUUAGGCGAGAGAAGAUAAAUUCUACAGUAAAUAAAGAUUUAGAAAACAGAAAGAGGUCUCGAAGUAACAGCCAUUCAGAUCAUAUCAGACGAGGAAGAGGAAGACCUAAAAGUGCAUCUGCCAAAAAACAUGAGGAAGAAAGAGAGAAACAGGAAAAGGAAAUUGACAUCUAUGCUAACCUCUCUGAUGAAAAGGCUUUCGUGUUUUCAGUCGCCUUGGCAGAAAUAAAUAGAAAAAUUAUUAAUCAAAGACUUAUUCUCUGAUAUUUGUCUGCAAAAUGUGUUGAAACUUUCUUCAGGAUUACAUCAGCAAAUUCUCAAAACAGUUGUGGACUCUCAGGAGCAUUUUGAUUGCAUCAAUAAGGGCCAUUGAUUGUUUUUUUCCUUAUCAUUUAGCCUGUGCCACACCUUGGGAGUGAAACUAUAGGCUUGGACUGUUUUGGGAUUUCCUUGUUUACCAAGGAGUAUUGUCAGUGUUUGUGUUUGGGAUAUAGUGAAUUUACUCCAAAAAAGAAAAAAAAGUAAACAAACUGGUUGACUGUUAAAGAAUUAAAGGAUAGGGUUGAGAGUGGAAGUAUGAAAACCAGAGAAAUAAAAUGAUAGUUUUCAGGUUUGCCACCAGAGAUGCAAUAUUUUAAAUACUUUGAGAAAGAGUGAUUUUUGAAAAUAUAUAUUUCAGAUUUGAGCACUAACAUUGCAUAUUUACAGUUCAUUUAAUAAAUUGGCAAUUGAUAUUUUAUUGAAUGGGGAAUUAAUAUAAACUGUAAGUUUUGUCUUAAAUUGAUUUUUUUUGCGUUUUAUUUUUAUGAUGUAAGGUAUAGGUUAUAUUUUAGAAGCUACUUUCUAGACAGUUUGGAAGUUUAGGUGCUAUAUAUGAAGAAAAACAUUUAAGGAUAUAUCAUACUUCAGAUAUAAACACUUUGUUUUCUUGAAUGUAAUUUAUUUAUUGGUUAAAAAAAACUUUUUUGCUCUCGAGAUGGUGCCUGUUAACCUAAACAUAGAAUAUAUUUAUUACAUGCGAAAUAUUUCUUAGCCACUUUUAAGCAGUAAUGUUUGUUCCGAAUGGAUGUUCAUUUAUACAUCCGGAAAAUUAUUUAAGUUGUUACUUAACCUCACUCUGGAGGAAAAAGAAAAUAAACCUUAAUAUUGAAACUAAUAGAUUAAAUAGUGUGCUAUAAGCUUUUUGUUAUAGUGAAAUUUGUGGACUGUAUUUAAAUUAUUAAUUUCCUAGUGUUAAUGAUAAUUGUUUAUAGUUGAUUUGUUUUAUACUUAAUGCUUUUGCAUUUUUGUAUUCAGUUUUGUGCUUAAUGCAUUCAAACUUGGUAAUGACUUUCCUUAUUUUAAGUUGGUUGUGGCCUCUCCCACCUCCCCCCCACCCCCCAAAUCUGUUUGGAAAUUCUAAAGCCUUAUUAGGAAGGUAGCAGCAGUUAUACUUGCCCUUGCUUAAGGGAGAAUUUUCCUUUCAACAACAGCAUUGUCAGCUUCAGGCUGUUUCUCUUGUUACUGCUCAAAGGAAAAGAGGUUUACAAUUUUUUUUUCUUUAUUUAAAUGGUAGCCAGCAGAGGGAGCUUAAGAGGUACUCUAGGUAGGAUAUAGGAUUUUUCCUAAGAAUUCCUUUUCCCUCAAUCUUCAUAUUUACCUCCAAGUACUACUACAUUUAUCUUUUAUGCAUUUUAAAACCCUGGUAAUAAAGUUUAUUCCCAGGAAUGUUAAUGUGACUUUUAUCUAUGAAAUAAAAUGAUAAGAAACUUUCAUUUUGAGAAAAAAAAGUUAUAUGAUUAAUAUCUUAAAAUGCUUAUGAACUUAUAUAGGCAUACCUCCAAGAUAUUGUGGGUACAAAUCCAGACCCCUCCAAUAAAGCAAAUAUUGUGAUAA